AAUGCGUAAUUCCGGCUUCAAACUGAUGACGUUUUGCGAGACGGAAAGUAACCGGAAGUAGAGCGGUAAUAGCUUCCAAACGUGUAGUUGUUUUGGAGAAAUGGGAGCGGCAGAGGCAGAUAGGACACUGUUUGUCGGGAAUUUGGACCCGAGAGCGACGGAGGAGCUGCUCUUCGAGUUAUUUUUGCAGGCAGGUCCUGCGAUUAGUGUCAAAAUCCCCAAGGAUAAAGAUGGAAAACCGAAGCAGUUUGCCUUUAUCAAUUUCAAACACGAAGAAUCUGUUCCCUAUGGAAUGAGCCUGCUGAGUGGAACCAAACUCUUUGGAAGGCCUCUCAAAAUACAAUACAGAUCAGGAAGUAAACACAUUCCACAAGAUGGCAAUAGUUCUCCUCAUUCAACACACACGAAUGGCAAUGGAAGUCCAAAUGGUUCAUCACCAAAUGGAAGCAGGUAUGACAGAAAUGGAGAUUACAUGAAAUCUCCUGGACACUCUCCUGUUCAAAAUGUGCAGAGAUCAUUUUCUUCACCAGAUAAUCUUCAGAGACAAGCCGUGAUAAACAGUUUUAUGUGGCAGCAGUCUCAGUACGGAAUAGCAUCACAAGCACAAUCACAAUCUAGCUCCUCUCCAUCUUCGUCUCAAACGUAUUAUAAUCAGUAUAGCCAAAGUCCUCAACAGCCUUCAAGGCGAUCUGAUUCUUCUUCUUCUGCCCAGCGCAAAAGCAGAGAGCAUGGCUCCCAUCCAUAUAUGAGCGACCAUUACAGCCGGGAGACCCACCACAGGGGCCGUCAUGAGGAGCACUAUUAUGAAGACCGAGCCUAUGACAACAGGUGGCGUUCUUCAAGACACUGAAUUUGAAAGAAGAUAUGCUUCAGUUUUACAAGAAACAUUUUCAAACAAGCUCCAUACUUAACUCAAAGAAGAAACCAUCUUAGAAAUGAAACUGAAGUUUUUCUGUGGUUUUAUUUUACCACUCCUAUCCUUUUAAAAUUUUUACAAAAUAUUGUUUUUAAAAACCUGCAUUACCAGUGACAAUAUUACAUCUAGUCUGUUUGAUAAUUAAGCUCUCCAAAAAAAAAAAAAAAAGGUGUACAACAAAAUAUAUCUAUACUGAGCAAUAAUUUGUUAAUCAUAUAUAUAAUAAGGUCUGAUGUUAUAAUGUCAAGGUUUGCAGGAAAGGCUUUUUUAAUGUAUUCUAGGUGUUUCCAUAUGCUUGUAAAAGAUGAAAUAGUUUUAUUUUUUGUUAUUUUGUCUUAAAAAAACAAAACACUUGUUAUAAAUUGGGGUUUGAGCUCUGUACCCAUGAGCAUUCAAAUAUGCACUUGUCAUGCAGUGCAGUUUUGCUGGAACGCAUACAAAUAUACCUUAUGCCAAGCAAAUGUUUUAAGUUUUGGUGUAGAGCCUAAGCCUGCUCAGAUAUGUUCCAUCUAACUGAGUAUAAAGACUCUAUAUUCCAAUUUGAUUUGUAGCCUGCAAGUUUUAUUUUGUUUUUUUUUACCUAGGUGACCGUGUGUUUCUAUUAUCUGGAUUAACAUCUGGAUUCCAGCAGAUUACUACACCAGCAGGAUAUUCACUUAUUUUUAAGUAUAAUUCAGCUCAGGAUAGCAUUUCAUAACAGCUCUGGAUUAUUGAAAUCGCUUAAGGGGAAAAUAUUAUAAAUUUGUAUUUUUUUAUGUCACAUUUAGGAAGCUGAAUUCUUUUCAAAGUAUUUGGUACUUCUUUUCAAAGUAUUCUUCCACUUCAAAACUUUCCCAGCAUAUGCCAGUUUUCGUAUGCAGUUGGCUAUUGUUUUGCACGGAGAAGAGUUGGAAGCAUUUCAUGUGGACAUUUGACGAUCCCACUCAAAUUCAUCAAAUUGCACAGUGUAACAAAAUGUGUUAAAUAGACAGUAUUGAAACACCAUUAAUGAGGAAUGUUUUUCAAAAGGAAUAAUGUUGUAAGCAUCCUUUUUUUUUUACAGAGAAAGCAACCUUAUUGUAUUCAUUUUUAAUAAUUUGUUAUGGAUCCAUUGUAAAGGUAUAUUUUGUGCAUUGUUGGGACAAAAAAAUUUUUUUUUAAUAUGGCUGAUUGGAAAAUGUUCUGUCACAAAAUAAUUUCAGGUAAAUCACAUGGAGACUACUUUUUUAUUAAUUUCAAGAAAAAAAGCCAUAAAUUACUCAGUUUCCUUACCUAUCUGUUAAUUAUUUUGUAAAAUGGAUUUGCAUGUAAGGGUGUUGUUCACUUUAUAUCCUCUUGUAAUGUCAACCCUACGGUACCACCAUAAAAAAAAAACUAGAAAUGUGCAAAUUUGUAAUAAUAAAGUCACCCUAAGGUUAAUGGCAAUUACUGUGUUGUCUUUGCCAGCAUAAAAAUGCAAAUGAAUGCAAUCUGCAUGUCCCUGCACUCAUGGGGCAAAUUUCAGCCAGAAUAUGAUUGUGUUUACAUUUUCUGAUUGAAAUUGACCAAUUUGGGUAGUGACCAAUGGAUCACAUUUAUUCCAAUUCAGUACACACGUAAUGGUAUGAUAUGGGACAAAUCUGCCUAUGGUGGGAAACAUGCAGUGUGUGCCAUUGGCCUAAUACAUGAGUAAGCACAGUAUUUCUUUAGACAGUAAUUAUUUACGCAUUAAGAGUCCAAAUGGUACCCCUUCAUUGUAAGGUAAAAGAAGUGUAACUUGUUUAUUUGUGCAAACUGUGUUUUACAUACUUUCCCAUUUUGAAGACCUAUUUUGUGUAAUUUUCUUGAACAUUUGGUGAGAAUAAAUCUUAUCUGAUGUCAAGUUAA